AUGGGUUCACUGCUUGCUGGUGCAACAUAUGCAGGACAAUUUGAGAGAAGGUUGGAAGCAGUACUGAAGGAUGUAACUGAUUCCAAUGGGAAUACAAUCUUGUUCAUCGAUGAAAUCCACAUUCUUGUUAGUGCAGGAGGUGUUCCAGGAAGAAUGGAUGCAAGCGACAUGUUGAAACCAAUGCUUGGACGAGGUGAACUGCGAUGCAUUGGUGCAACUACACUGACGGAAUACCGCCAAUACAUAGAGAAGAUCCAGCUCUGGGACGUAGAUAGUUCCCUUGUUUCAGCAGCGCUUCUUGCUGACCGUUACAUCACUGAUCGCUUCCUGCCAGACAAAGCUAUUGAUCUUAUUGAUGAAGCUGCUGCAAAGCUGAAGAUGGAGAUCACUUCUAAACCCACAGAACUCGAUGAAAUAGUCAGAGCUUUGAUCACACUGGAAAUGGAAAGGCUUUCUUUGAAAAGGGAUAAUGAUAAAGCUUCUAAAGAACGGCUACGAAAGGUUGAGAAUGAUUUGACCACACUCAAACAUAAAGAGAAAGAACUCACUGAGCAAUGGGAGCAAGAGAAGUAUCUCAUGAAAAAAAUAAAGAUCGAUAGAGUGAACCUUGAAAUCAAUUCUGGUAAACCUGAGACACUUAUGUCCCUCCAACGUCAGUUAGAGAAAGCUGAGAAGAGUCUCAUGAACUUCCGAGAGUCUGAACAGUCACUAGUCCGAGAAGAGGUAACUGAGUUUCACAUAGCAGAGAUAGUAAGCAAGUGGACCGGUAUUCCUCUAUCGAAUCUUCAGCAGUCAGAGAGAGAAAAGCUGGUCAUGUUGGAACAAGUGCUCCACAAGAGAGUUGUUGGUCAAGACAUGGCUGUAGAAGCAAUAGCAGAUGCUAUCCGUUGUUCAAAGGCUGGUCUUACAGAUCCUAACCGUCCUCUAGCUAGUUUUAUGUUCAUGGGCCCAAUAGGUGUUGGUAAAACCGAGCUUGCCAAGGCUCUAGCUGGAUACCUAUUCAACACUGAAAACGCAAUAGUGAGGUUUGACAUGAGUGAGUACAUGGAAAAAGUCUCGGUCUUGCGGCUUCUUGGUGCACCUCCUGGCACUAUCGGUUACGAAGAAGGUGGACAUUUAACUGAAGCGGUUCGCCGGAGACCUUACUCAGUGGUUCUGUUUGAUGAGAUCGAGAAAGCACACCGUGAUGUCUUUAAUAUCUUGUUACAGCUACUAGACGAUGGAAGAGUAACUGAUUCUCAAGGGAGGACAGUAAGUUUCAGAAACUGUUUUGUGAUAAUGACGUCUAAUAUAGGAUCUCACUACAUUCUUGAGACUCUUCGCAACAAUGGAGAUGGGAAAGAAGCAGUUUACGAGAUGAUGAAGAGGAAAGUUGUGGAGUUAGCAAGAAGAACAUUCAAUCCAGAGUUCAUGAAUAGAAUUGACGAAUACAUUGUCUUCCAGCCGUUGGAUUCGAAAGCAAUAUCCAAAAUCGUUGAGUUUCAGAUGGGACGAGUGAAGAAGAUGUUGGAACAAAAGAAAAUGAAUCUCGAGUACACAAAAGAAGCGUUGGAUCUUCUUGCUCAGCUUGGGUUUGAUCCUAACAAUGGAGCAAGACCGGUGAAGAGAGUAAUCCAGGAGAUUGUGAAGAAGGAGAUCUCCUUGAAACUUUUGAAGGGAGAAUUUGCAGAGGAAGACACUAUUCUUCUUGAUGUUGACCAGACAAACAACAAACUGGUCAUCAAGAAGCUCGAGAUUGAUAAUGCUCAUGUUGAGGAAAUGGUAGCUUGA